AACUACUGGAUUUGUUGAUUUUAAGAAAUAAAAACCAUGAAGUGCUUUCCCAAAAUUCAUCAGUUUCCGCUCCAUCACAAGAAAGAAAUCAAGAUGACAUCACAGAUUUAUUCAAAAAGUUAGCAGGUUUUAAUUAUUGUACAUCAGUAACGUAUAAAAUGCAGUUUGGUCCUUUUGAAAAUGACACCAUUGACUACCCUGGGUUUGACAAUUUUGGUAAAAAGCUUCAACAAUAUUUUGCAAUUAGAGAUGAAC